AUGGUUGGUUCGAAGAUGUUGGUACAGAUUUCUGCAGCGUUAUGUGAAGCAAAGGAAGAUAAUGGCAUUUUUGGUGGUAUCAACAUAAUUUUUGCGGGUGGCUUUGCGCAACUUUCUCCUGUUGGAGAUAGUCGAAUUUUCAGUCGUGUCAAGAACAGAAGUUCGAGGGCAGAUUCUGUUCAAAAACACGUACUGGGGAAACUGCUGUGGUUCUCGGUCAAUGUGGUUGUAAUUCUGCACAAAGUUAUGAGACAGGAAGGCACUGAAAAUGCUGACUUUACUGGCAAGUGUGUUAAACUGGAUUGGAACUCAGAAGAAUGGGAGAACGCACCUUUGAUAGUGUCAGAAAAUGCAGUUAAAGACGCAUAUAAUGAUCGAGCUGCUCGAAGUUUUGCAGAUCGCACUGGAAGACAAUUGCACUAUUAUUACUCUGUAGAC